AUGUACAGGUCCCAGAGGACGUCACUCGCAGAAGACAGGCUCCUCAACCACGUCAAAACCCCAUCUUUCUCCUCUUCCCUCCUCGAUCAAAUUUACCGCUCCAUUGACGACGGUGAGAGGGAGAGUGGCGAAAUCAAGUUGUAUCCAGAAACGACGGCCAGGAAACAGACCAGGAUCGGCGGGAAACAUAGUAACAGAUGCGUGCAAGAGGUGGAGUUGGCAACGGAGAGUCUUCCGAGAGCUUGUAUACUGGAUAAGUGGAUGGACGAGAAGAUGGCCGAAAAACAUGGGACUCAUGGGCGACCCAAGCCGACGGAGAUGGACAAGAAAGUACGUCGCCGUCAUGAUCGUCAGUCCCAAGAUGCUCUGUUUUUCAGUUCAACAUCAAGUUCCUCGGAUUCUAGUUACGGAGGAUUCUCAUCCUCUGACACGGAGUCCAUGUUCGGAGUGGGAUCGGGGGCAUCACGUUUCGCACCCCCGAGGCCCAAGCCGGUAAGGACCAGCGUGUCCGACGAGAAAGAGAGGAGGCACAGCGCUCAGAUUUAUGGACACAAAGAAGUUCACACGUUUGAUGCUUAUCGUCAAAAUCCUAGCACAACAGCCAACAACGAAGGCUUAAUCAAGUCAAAAUCGAGGGCCUUGAAGAUCUACAACAAUCUCAAGAAGGUAAAGCAGCCUAUAUCUCCCGGUGGGAGGCUCACGAAUUUCCUGAACUCUCUGUUUACUCAUGGGAAUACGAAGAAAUCAAAGAGCACGCCUGCUCUGGGAGGCUACGAAGACUUGAAAGCUGAGAGAAAAUCAAAAUCAGGGCAAGCCUCGGUUUCGGCCUGUUCCUCUGCAUCAUCAUUCUCACGCUCUUGUUUGAGCAAAACCUCGCCUUCUUCCAGACACAAGUUACGAGACGGCGUUCAAAGAAGCGUUCGUUUCUGCCCCGUAAGCGUGAUCGUUGACGAAGAAAGCCGACCCUGUGGCCACAAAUACUUGUACGAACAGAACGACCAUAGCGUGAUGAUGCCGGUGUCGGUGCCAACCGCAUGGAAAAUCGGACGGUCACCGUUAACUUACAAGAAGAACGAUGGGGAGAUAAAGUUGGCGGCCAUGGAGAAGAGCAGGAGGGUAGAAGAAGCUGGAAGAGAGCUUCUGAAAGAGUACCUUCAGAAUCAGAAGAAGAGCGAUUUCACAUUGAUGGAUUUGCCUCUGAGGACAAAUGAGUAUGAAGAUGAGGACGACGAUGCGGCCAGCUAUUCAAGUUCGGAUCUUUUUGAGCUGGACCACUUAGCGGUCAUGGAAAAGGGUAGAUAUUGUGAGGAGCUUCCGGUGUACGAGACUACUCAUUUUAGCACGAAUCGUGCCAUAGCCAAUGGUCUGAUAACGUAG